CAAUCACUCGUCAAGGUAAGAGAGUUCACCAGUGCAACGUGCAUCACCUCUGCGACGCCCCUCCUCUGCUUUCCUAAGUCUUUUUUUUCCUUCUUGUCAUCACCAAAGGAAACAAACAAACAAGAUGCACGAAACGAUAUCUAUCUCCGCGAGCCCAGUCAUUGAGAGUGUGGCAGUAUGGACAGGACCGAAGAAAAAGGCUCUCAGUAUGCGCAUGACUGGCUUCUUCCUCAUUGCACAGAUGGCUGGGGCUGGCUUCCUCGCCCUCCCCAGAGCCACAGCGGACACAGGUUGGCUUGGAACAGUUAUGAUGCCAAUGUUUUGCUGCAGUGUGGCCUUCAUAGGAACAAGACUAGGGAAGAGCUGGGUGAUCCUGGAGGAGAGGUGGCCAGAGACGUACAAGGGAGCAGUCAGACAACCUUACAUGGAUAUUUCGGAGAGGUCAUUAGGCAAGGUUGGGAGGAGCAUAACACUGUGGUCCGUGGUGCUGAAUCUCUUCGGAACUACCAACGUGCACCUCAUUCUUAUAUCAGAGAUGCUGGCGGCCGUGGUGCAGACAGAGGCCGGGGCUUGUUUCACCAAAUGCCACGCCCUUAUUGUUGUGGGAGCUUGUCUUAUUCCCAUUACCUGGCUGGGCUCUCCUAAAGACUUCUGGCAAGCUUCUAUUUUGGCGGUGGUGUCAACUGCAGCGGCUGUGGUGGUGAUACUGGUGCAGAUAUUUCUCGAGGAAGACUUACCCACGCCAACCUACCCAAACCCUACCCUUGUGUCCUUCGCUCGUGGCUUCGGAUCCAUCUUGUUUUCAUUUGGUGGCGCUGCUGUGUUUCCGACCAUUCAGAACGACAUGUCAGAUCGCUCGCAGUUCUGGAAGAGUGUUAUCAUCGGCUUUACUGGUAUCCUCUCUCUGUACCUUCCCGUGGCUCUGGUGGGGUACAUCAAGCUCGGAGACGCUGUGGAGAGCAACGUUAUAAUGAGCGUUACAAUGACUCCGAUCGUGAUUGUAGCGAUAGCCAUGGAAAUAGUGAAUCUAAUGUGUACCUUCCUCAUAAGCUCCAACACCGUGUACCAGUCCAUUGAGGAGCUUAUCAAUGUGCCCAAACGUUUCGGGCCACGUCGCUGCAUUGUUCGAGCUGUUAUAGUUAUCCUUCAAAUACUCAUUGGUCUGGCUGUUCCUAACUUUGGCAAGAUUCUUAACCUGAUUGGCGGGUCCCUCAUAACACUGUGUACCUUUGUCCUGCCGCCAGUGAUGUACAUGAGACUCGUGGGGGACAGGAGUAACAAAAACUGGAAGAAAAGAACUCUACCGGCGUGGGAGAGGGCGUUUCUAAUUGAGAUCAUCAUAGUGGGUGUCAUUGGCGGCGUCCUGGCCACCAUUAUCGCUGUGUAUGAUGUCGUCACAGCCUCCUUCGACGGAAACUGCUUCAUCGACUUCAGCAAUUGUCCACUCCUUACAAAUUAAACGCUUCAUCUA